AUGAACCUGCGGCCGCGGCAGGUGAUCAUCAUGGCGCGCGACUGCAGCGUUGGCGGCGCCAACAACCACAAGAUCGUGGCGGCGGCGGCGUCGAGCGAGGAGGACUCGGACGCGCAGGAGGACGAGCGCGCCGCCAUGGACGUCCGCGAGGCCGCCCUGCAGGCCACGCGCGACGCCGGCCGCGGCAGGGGGCCGCAGCCGCCGCCGAGGGCCGCCGCGGCCAUGAAGCCGGCGCGGAACGUACACACCAUCAUCCGCGCGCACCGCCGCAUGCGGCUGCGCGGGCCGCCCAACCCGCCCUCCAUCUUCACCUCGUACCGCGGCCACUCCGUCGAGACGCGGCGCCGCCUGGCCCGCCUGCUGGUGGCGCUGGGCGCCGUCUUCGCCGCCUGCUGGCUGCCCUACGUGGUGGCGCUGGUGGUGUGGGCGUGCCGGGACGCGCCCGCCACGCGCCACGCCCUCGAGGCCACGCUGGCACUCGGCCACGCCCACUCGGCGGUCAACCCCGUGGUGUACUGGCUCAUGAACCGCGCCUUCCUCGCCUCCGUGCACCGCCUCCUGAACGCUCACCUGCGCUUCCCCAGCGGCCUCGCCUGCAGGGGCGGCUGCGCGCGCCCCGACUGCCUGGCGCGCCCGCCCGCGCCACCCUGGGCCGGCAACUCGUCCACCAACGAGGACAACUUGGGCGCCUUCCACCCGAAGUACCUUAACCCGCACGCCCUCCGCCCGCAGGCGUCCCGCUGCACCUCGCACUACUUCCACUAGCGAGCCCAAUCACCCGCGGCAGCGCCCACGC